GAAAUGAAAGCCUAGAAGAAAAUUAUGUGCAGGACAGUAAAAUGGGAUUUGUCAUCAAUGCUAUAUAUGCUAUGGCUCAUGGGUUGCAAAACAUGCACCAUUCCCUUUGCCCUGGACAUGUUGGGUUGUGCGAUGCUAUGAAGCCAAUUGAUGGCAGCAAGCUCUUGGAGUUCCUCCUCAAAUCCUCUUUCAUUGGUGUUUCUGGAGAAGAAGUUUGGUUUGAUGAAAAGGGAGAUGCUCCUGGAAGGUACGACAUCAUGAAUCUGCAGUACAUAGAGCCCAACCGCUACGACUACGUCCUUAUUGGGACCUGGCACGAGGGGGUGCUCAACAUCGACGACUACAGGAUUCAGAUGAAUAAGAGUGGAAUGGUCCGAUCAGUAUGCAGUGAACCUUGCUUGAAGGGACAGAUAAAGGUGAUCAGGAAAGGAGAAGUGAGCUGCUGCUGGAUCUGCACUGCUUGCAAGGAGAAUGAAUUUGUUCAGGAUGAAUUCACAUGUAAAGCGUGUGAGCUUGGCUGGUGGCCAAAUGCUGACCUGACAGGCUGUGAACCCAUCCCUGUAAAGUACCUACAGUGGAGCAAUAUAGAGUCUAUUGUGGCUGUGGUCUUUUCCUGCCUGGGGAUCCUGGUCACCAUGUUUGUCACCCUUAUCUUUGUGCUCUACAGGGACACCCCUGUUGUCAAAUCCUCCAGCCGAGAGCUCUGCUACAUUAUCCUUGCUGGCAUCUUUCUGGGUUAUGUCUGCCCUUUCACCCUUAUAGCUAAACCCACCACGACAUCCUGCUACCUCCAGCGCCUUCUGGUGGGUCUCUCCUCUGCCAUGUGCUAUUCCGCCCUUGUGACCAAAACUAACCGCAUUGCACGCAUCCUGGCAGGCAGCAAAAAGAAGAUCUGUACCCGCAAGCCACGUUUCAUGAGCGCAUGGGCACAAGUGGUCAUUGCCUCCAUUUUGAUCAGCGUGCAGCUGACACUAGUGAUCACGCUGAUCAUCCUGGAGCCACCAAUGCCCAUCCUUUCCUACCCCAGCAUCAAGGAGGUUUACCUUAUCUGCAACACCAGCAACCUAGGUGUCGUGGCUCCUGUGGGCUACAAUGGACUCCUCAUCAUGAGCUGCACGUACUAUGCCUUCAAGACUCGCAACGUGCCUGCCAAUUUCAACGAGGCCAAGUACAUUGCAUUCACCAUGUACACCACUUGUAUCAUCUGGCUGGCCUUUGUGCCUAUCUAUUUCGGGAGCAACUACAAGAUCAUCACCACCUGUUUUGCCGUGAGCCUGAGCGUGACAGUGGCACUGGGGUGCAUGUUCACUCCUAAGAUGUACAUCAUCAUAGCCAAGCCUGAGAGGAAUGUCCGCAGUGCCUUCACCACCUCAGAUGUGGUGCGUAUGCAUGUCGGGGAUGGCAAGGCACCUUGCAAGUCCAACACUUUCCUCAACAUUUUCCGGAGAAAGAAGCCAGGGGCUGGAAAUCCAAAUUCUAAUGGAAAGUCUGUGUCAUGGUCUGAACCAGGUGGAAGACAAGCUCCCAAGGGGGAACACACAUGGCACAGACUCUCAGUGCAUGUGAAGAGCCAGGAGACAGGGUGCAAUCAGACAGCGGUGAUCAAACCCCUCACUAAAAGCUACCACAGCCAAAGCAAGAGCCUGACUUCUACUGACAUCAGCAGUAAGACUCUGUACAAUGUGGUGGAAGAAGACAGAGAGCCCGUUCGUCUCAACCAGCCCAGCAGCCCCUCCAUGGUGGUGCACAGGCGGGUGGCGACGACCCCUCCGCUGCAGGCCACAGCAGAAGAGACACAGCUCUUCUUGCCUGAGCAGCCCCCCAAGACCCUGCCCCUGCAGCCACAGUCUCUCAUGGACCAGCUGCAAGGAGUGGUCAACAAAUUUGCUGCCGACUUCAGCACCGUCCUCCCUGGCCCUGGCUCGGGGCACAGUGCGCGACCCCCCUGCCAGGCCUCCCCGCUGCAGCAGCCACCCCGGCCGCCUCUCCAGGUGGCUGCCUUCAGUGAGGAGCCCCUCUCUCCCCCGGCUGAGGAAGUGGAGAGUGAGAAGCUGAAGCUUAUUCAGGGAUAUGUCUAUGAGAAGAACCCAGAGGAGGAGGAGGAGGAGGAGGAGCCGGCGACCAGCAAACUGACUCUGGAAGACUCUCCGGCGCUGACACCCCCAUCCCCUUUUCGGGAUUCGGUGGCCUCGGGCAGCUCCGCGCCCAGCUCCCCCGUCUCCGAGUCAGUGCUCUGCACCCCCCCAGAUGUGACCUAUGCCUCUGUCAUCCUGAGAGAUUAUAAACAAAGCUCAUCUACUCUGUAG